AUGACUGUUCCCGAGGCACCUAUCGGCGACAUAGAGCCUGCUCCGCAAGUACCGACACAGCAAGCCAGUGAGCAGCAGCAGCAGCAACAACAACAACAGGCACUCACUCAACAGAAUCAAGAGCCAGGGUUCAAGUCUAGUAGUGCAACUAGUGAUGACAAUAAGAAAUCACAGUCGGAUUCCGAUCUUCAAGUACUGCCACCCCCACCCUCGGCACCGGUCCCCACACAAUCACCAUCGUUGUCUACACCGACUCUCAUUCCCAAUGCGAUUGCCGAGAGCAAGACGCAACCAACACAGCAGCCUAUAAAUAAUGACGGUUCACAACCGGCUACUAGACCUUUCGCACCCACAUUGCAUUCUCCUCAUAUGCAGGUGAAUCCUUAUAUGCAUCUCAAUCAUCCAGUCCCGUUUCCACAUCACUCAAACGCUUCGGCAGCUUAUAUGUAUGGACGUCCCGGCGUACUUAAUGGUCCUGCUGUGCUCAACGGACCUCAGCAACCUUAUCCGCUGCAUCCUCUAAUAGUACGGCAAGCAAUUUCGCCACACAUUCAACCACAACAAAUUCAACCCAUGGCUAUGUACGCGCGGAAUGGAGUGCCACCUCAACAAGGGCCUACUAGCGUAGGAGGUAGGGCAGAUACAAACAACUCCCUCGUAGCGACGAAUGCGAGCGCGGCUGCUGCGCCUCAGGCACUAGCUACACCGCCACAACCACCCAAGCAAGCGCUUAUGCAGCAACCAGUGAAGUUGAGUGCUGGUGAUAUACAGACAGACGGGCGCGCGGUAAAAGGUGUCAAACGGAAGGAAGAUAACACACCACAAGAGGAAGUUGCAGGCGCACUCGACCAGUCGUUAACCAUUCCCAGCCGAGUAACGGUGAAAAUCAACAAGAAACAGAAGACAGAUAACGAUGACAAACUAGCGACUCUGAGCUUACCCACGUCGCUCUCAUCCACCUAUGCCCAGUCAACGGAGAUUGCACUGCAAAGUCCAGAUAGAAUGACGGCUUCCGACAAGGCCAAUGUUCCUGCCAACAGUCUAACGGGGUACAGCCUUCCACAGUAUGAUAUGUCGGCGAUUGAUGGGCUGCAAUCGGGCGUGGUGGCAUGUUCCAAUGGCGACGAUUCGAGUGUGGCUGAACGAGACGCAACUGAUAGAAACGGAACGCAUGGAACUGUGGUGAAAAGUGGCGAGGGUGCUAAGAGUGAGGGUACAGGGGAGAAUCUGGAUGAAGACACCGACGAGGCUGGGCGUAUGGAGGAUAGUUUGAUCAAUAAUCACGCCAACAGGGACUCGUUCAUGGCCAUUUUGAGUAAAGUCGGCCUAUCGCGAGAAGAGCUGCAGAAGGUAUCUACCAAAAAACUGAAUUUGCUAUCGACACGACGGAAUUUAACGCAAUGGGAAGUGCUGGAGCUCAAGACGGAUAGGCGUAGGGCGAAAAACAGAGCAGCGGCAGCCCUGUGCCGCAUGAAAAAGAAACAGUUCUUAAACGAUAUGGAAGGUAAUAUGUCACAACUCAAGGGAGAUAAUCGAAGGCUGAUGAGCGAGUUUUCACGGCUGACACAGGAGUACCGCGAACUGUGCAGGCACACGCGCAAUCGUAAAGAGCACAACGGGAAGCUGUUUUCACGUGUUUGUGAGUUGAGGAGUAAGCUCAAGAGCUUCUGUGAGGGUCAAAGCCCAGACGUUUCAAUGUGUAUUGGGUUCAGUUUGGAUGCACCGUCAGAUAGCGCAGCUGGUAGCACAGCUGGUAGUACUGACACACCAGCAAACACGGAUGCGAAACCGGACACACUACCACAGCCGCCAGCGAGUGCAAAUGACAGUAUACAGAUGAGUGGUAUGUGUCUGCCAUCUCCGGGUCUUUCUGUUGCACUGCCAAAUCCAGAUGCAUUGGCACUGCCGAGUACGGAGACGCGUACCGGCAAUAGCGAAACGCUCACAGCCGGCGACAGUGAUGGAGAUUCUCUCAGGUUACCGAAUCCCGAGUUUAGCAUGUCCAGCACAAGCUUGACAGUCUGAUCGCGCGAGCAUGAUAUACAUGUGCCUAGAUAAUAAAGUAUAUCG